ACGUUGGACUCAACUCACCUUUACAUACACCUAUACAUACAUUCGCUCUCAUUAUAUAUAUGUCAUAUAUGUAGAGAGAGAGAGAGAGAGAGAGAGAGAGGUGGAUUGGUAUUUAAGCUGUGGAUACCAAAUCGAACGCGUCUGGAGCUGGAGAGAGGAAGAUUAAAUAAUUAGAGAGAGAGAGAGAGAAUUAGAAGGAAAGGAAGUGCAAUGGCGGACUCCAGCGAUUCCGUCUCCGUCGAUAUGGAGUCCAUUCCGUUCGCCGGAAAGGAGCAUAUUAUCAAGACGGGUCAUGGUUCUGUCUCUGUUGCUGUAUUUGGAGACCAGGACAAGCCAGCUCUUAUUACCUAUCCUGAUUUGGCUUUAAACUAUAUGUCCUGUUUCCAAGGAUUGUUCUUUUGUCCAGAAGCAUUUUCUCUCCUUCUCCAUAACUUCUGUAUCUACCACAUCAGUCCUCCUGGUCAUGAGUUAGGAGCUGCUGUAGCUGGCCCCGAUGAACCCUCACUGACUGUUGAUGAAUUAGCCGAUCAGAUUGCUGAAAUCCUCGACUAUUUUGGGCUUGGUGCGGUUAUGUGCCUGGGUGUAACAGCUGGAGCUUAUAUUCUUACCCUUUUUGCUCUAAAACACUCACGACGUGUCAUGGGUCUCAUUCUUGUUUCCCCUCUGUGCAAAUCACCAUCUUGGACAGAGUGGUUAUGCAACAAGGUGAUGUCCAAUUUGCUUUACAUUUGUGGUAUGUGCGGCAUAGUAAAGGAGCUGUUGCUCAUGCGAUACUUCAGCAAGGAAGUUCGUGGUGGUGUUGAUGUACCGGAAUCAGAUAUCGUCCAGUCUUGCAGACGAUUGUUGGACGAGAGGCAGAGUCCCAACGUGCUGCGUUUUCUUGAAGCGAUCAACGGGAGACCAGACAUCAGCAAUAGCUUGAGGAAACUGCAGUGUCGAACCUUAAUCUUUGUUGGCGAAAACUCCCAUUUCCACUACGAAGCUCUUCACAUGACUUCAAAGCUAGAUAGAAGAUUCAGCGCCUUGGUUGAGGUUCAAGCAUGCGGCUCCAUGGUUACAGAAGAACAGCCCGAUGCCAUGCUGAUCCCACUGGAAUACUUUCUCAUGGGUUACGGCUUCUUCAGGCCGUCCCACUUGAGCGUGAGCCCAAGAAGUCCACUGAGCCCGACCAGCAUUUCGCCCGAGCUUUUCUCACCCGAAAGCAUGGGCCUGAAGCUGAAGCCGAUAAAGACACGAAUCCACGCACAAGUGUGAAGAGGAGGAACGCGUAGAGUGGCCCGUUUUUUUUGUAAACUACGUGACGAAGCGCUCGAAAGGGGAAGAAACCAUAGCAGGGGAGGCUUGUAGAUAAAAGGCUAUAUACAAAUAAUUAGCACAAUGUUAGCAGAGAAAAAUAGGUAAAGGGAAAGAGAGAUAUAUACAUGAGAGGAAAGGGGUAAAUUUUUUUCAUUUGAUUUUUUUGCAUUGUUCACUUCUCCCACUUGUAACUCUAGAAAAGAAAUUAGUCAGCUAUUCGUGUACAUCAUUCCAAUAAUAAAUUAUAGAUGCAUGGGAAUAUUAAUAAAAUUUAUUCUUGGCACA